AUGGCGAUAGGGAAUCUUCAAAGUAAGUUCAUAGAGCUCGUGAAGAUUCUUAGAAAGAGGAGGAUUAGUAUAGCUUGUGUCCAGAAAACCAAACGGGUAGGCACUAACGUGAGAGAUGUGGACGAGUAUAAGUUAUGGUACUUGGGUAGCGUGAAGCAUAGGAAUGGGGUAGGUAUCUUUGUAGAUGAAGAGCUUAGAGGGCAGGUAGUUGAGGUUAAACAGGUUAACGAUAGACUGAUGUCGAUUAGGUUGGUCAUUGGAGGGUCUACUUUGGUCGUUAUUAAUGCCUACACUCCGCAAUCAGGAUUGGACGAGGAGAAGAAGAGGAAUUUCUGGGAGACUUUAGAUGAGGUAGUUAGAGGCGUUCCGAGCACAGAGAUGCUCUUCAUUGGACAUAAUUUUAAUGGGCAUAUUGGGUCUUUAUCGAAAAGUUAUGAUGAUGUGCAUAGUAGUUUUGAUUUUGGGGAUCAGAAUGAAAGAGAAGUUUCUCUUUUGGAUUUUGCUAGGGAUUUUGGGUUGAGGGUGGAGAAUUUGAGCUUCCCAAAUAGGGAGAAGAUCCUUAUUACCUUUUGUAGUUUGGUGACCAAGACUCAGAUAGACUUUUUUUCUCCUUAG